AUGGAUGACAGUGAAGCGGACAUACAGUCUAAUGAAUUGCAAUUUGUUUGGGAAGCAAUGACACCUGAACUUCAGGUCAACGUUCCAAACUCUGAAGAGUAUCAGUCGACUAACACGGCACUUCCGGUUUUUCAACAACAGUCUAUCCAGAAUGAAUAUCAAGAACAGAAUCAGAGUCAUUCGGUGGAAUUAGCAGAUAACGACACCUUGCUAUCAUCACCAAGCAAUGGGAUUUAUCUAUCUCCAGACAAUGAUUCUCGACGUGAUAGUGUUCGGAGCAUGAGCGUUAUCGAUGAUAAUGGAGUACGUAUAAAGCGAAAUAUCAGACGUAAUGGUACACUCCCGAAUUUAUCAAAAGGUUCACAUUUCUGUUUUAUGUUUUUCCAGUAUAAUUGUUGCUUUUUCAUUUAA